CUCGAUACAAAUUCCUCGAACCGACCUUUGCACGUAUAAACCUCAUACCCGCACCACCAAACCAACCUACAAGUACCAGCAAGCACCAGCAUCCAAACGCCAACACCAACAUCAACACUUAAGAACAAGCCAACAACAAACUCGGCAGCAUCCUUAACCCAGCACUGGUACUAACAGCCUGCCCUGCGCACUUCCACCACACAACACACAUCACAAUGUCCGCCCGACCACAAGUUUCGUACCUUACCUCCACAUCUUCGGCUUCGUCAUACUCGUCCUCCGACUCCGACCUGUCUUCGACGUCAUCAGUCCGGCACAGCAUGGACUCGACACAACCCAUCGUCUCGGUUGAGGUGCUCCGGUGCCUAAGGUGCGCCCGCGCCGAAGAGAUCACCUCGACAGACGACCCCAGCUCCAUGGGAAUGGUCCAGAUUGGCACCAACAUCUACUACUGCAACCGCUGCGCCAAGAUGACCGGCUACAAGUGAAUCAACAAAAGCGGCCUGCCUUCUCGCAAUCUACUACCAUGGUUGGAAUUAUGUGGGAGUUGGCCACUUGGGAUCUACGCAUCACCUUCGCACACGCGAAACACCCACAGCCUUCAGCAUCGCAGCGACAACGCUCGACCUGUUUAGCGGCUUCUUGGAUAUCAACUCGAAAUUCCACGUUGCUUCGAGGUCGAAUAGCGGCAGAUUUUGAGAGUCUGGACCAGAGUGUCCUGAUCGAUCGACGCAACUUCCGGCGAUCACUGUGGCAAUUUCCUCUUCGGCGGAUGUUUCCCUCCUGCAACACAGCCCACGACAUCUUUGCUACAGGCACUUGAAACACCGCCAUCCUCGCGGUGGCAACAAGUCUUAACCAUUGAUCGGUUUAUUCGGCGGACAAGAAUGUCGACAUG